AUGACGUCCCUGUUCGACUCCUUCCGCAACUCCAGCAUGCCCAAGCGGCUGCUGCGCUAUGCCCUGUCUCGCUUCGAUGUCCUAGAUGCCGACGCGCUUGACCUGGACAAUCUCGACCUGGCUUGGGGCAGGAACACCGUGCUCGAGUUUCGCGAUGUCGGCCUGAGGGUCAAGAAACUGCAGCAGAUCCUCCAGCUGCCUCCGACCUUUCACAUCCGCCGCGCCAAGGUUGGCCUCCUCCGUGUUACCCUGCCCGUCGACAUCUACUCGAGCCCGAUCCAGAUCCGCGUCAGUGGCGUCGACGUCCGGCUCAGCGUCUCCGCCCGGGAGGACGACCACGACCGGGACAGACGCAAGGACAGCAAGACCGCCGGCGGUAGCUCCGGACCCACUGCCGAAGACGCCGCCGAUGCCGAUGCCGAUGUCGUGCCCUCGGCCGUCGACUUGGCCCAGUCGUUCCUGGAACACGAGCCGUCGGGCGAGGCGAGGGCCCUGGAAGCAGUCCUGGCCGCUGAGGCUUCACUCGACCAGAGCACCGAGCUCGACAGCGAUGACGACACCAUCUCGUCCUCAUCUCAGGUCCUUGGCACCGGCCAGGCCCUCACCCUACCGGCCUUUCUCGCCGACUUCUUGCAGGGCAUCGUCGAUCGGAUCCAGGUGAUAAUCGAGGGCGUGGCUUUUCAGCUCGAGGUCGACGUCCCCGUGACCGACGACGCGGCAUCCGCCACCGCCAACGGCGGCUCCGAGCCCGUCACCUUCCAGUUGACCCUCGCCCGCAUCAACGUGGAAGGUGUCACUACCGCGGCAGCUGCGGUGCCGAAAGGCCCCAGCGGUGGCAGCGAGCCGGCAGGAUCGUCAGCCCGGCCCAAGAUCGUGCCAAAGGAGGGCAAGCGCCACAUCUCGCUGGAUCAUGUCCGCGCCUUUCUCAUCUCCGAGACCAACGUCUUCUCGGCUCUCGACCCUUCUCCUUCGAUGCCGUCGUCGGCCGCAUCACAGUCGCCCGUCUUGUCUUGUCACGACCUGCCAUCACUAAAUCCUACGGCUCCGGCUGACCCGAUGACCGCCUCGUCUAUACUGGCUCGCAGCCAGUACCCGCUGCAGGAUAGCGAAGACGCAUUCAAUAUUCCGUAUGACGACUCAGAAGGCUCCGGCGACGACAACGAAAGCAACAGCCUGGACGGUGCCGAGCCAGAAGUGGCUCCGGCAUCGUCUCUGUCGACACCGAGGGCAUCCGUCUACGGUGAACACCCGCGCAUGGGAUCGUUCCCCCCGACUGCAGGCAUUUUGCAUCAUGCGCAGUCGGCCAUUCUCGACCGAGACCGCAGCGGUGCAGAGUGGAACGUCCCAAAGGCCACCGAAUGCAUGGACACACGGUCUGAGCCGUCUUCUGGGCAUCUUCUAGGCACUGCACGAUCGACUGGCGAUAUCCAUGGGCUUCAUGUUGGCUUGGGCCUGGGUCUGUCACCAAAUGUACUCGCAACUUCGCUUCAAUCCAUGGCCGGUCCUGGAAGCGCCGGGUCUGCAGAGCAUACGGACGAUUACUUGAGCCAGUCGCACGUGUACAGCCAUGAAGAGGCGGAGAGCAUGUACUUGAGCGCUUUCUCACAGGCCGACUCAGACCCCAUGGACAAUCCUAUGCCCGGCGGAUGGCAUACGGAGGACGAUGAUGCGUCUCAGUUCUAUGGCUCUCCGCCUGCCGGCCUGUGGCGCUUUGGAACAGACAACCGCACUGCACCGGCUGAGUCAGCUGAGUCUGCUGCGUCGGGAGAUGCGAAAAAGGCUCCAACAGCGCUCCCUGGCCACGAAUCAGAAGGACCAUGUUCUUCCGGGGCCGAGAGGGCAUCCGGUGACGGAACAAAAAGCCCCGAUCUAAGCGCUGGAGCACAGUCGGACGAGGCGGCAACGCCAAAAGGUCCCACGCGCCUGGUCAAGGAACUUCUGUCGCUCGAGUACAUAUCCAUUUAUGUCCCGUCAAACCACAAGCAUGACGGCAAUCCGCAGUCGGCCAAAAAGCAGCAGGAACGGCUGGAAAAGUCCGUCUCUCCGCAUUUUCCGGGCGCGUUCUCGAUCUAUUCGUCUGCUGGGAUGGCCUCCACAUACGGGCAUGUCUCCAUCCAGGACCGUCUCAAAGACAGCUACUUCGACCACCGUCAACCUACGGAAACGCCACCGGCCGAUAGCGAGUCCGUGGAGGUGAAUCUGGCCCCUCUGGAGAUUUGCUUCGACGCAUCUAUCGGGUUUCUUUUGGCCAAGGUCGUUUUAGAGAUCCUUCAGUCGCUCAAGAGUGGCUUGGCAUUGCAGCAGCAACAGAAGAAGGCGCCUAGAGCCUCCGCGACUCCAGUCGCCCAGACGGCCCUGCCACAUAUCAAAAUUCAUGGCGACAAGAUCGCCCUCCUGUUCCUUGACAAGCUGGCAGGCGUGACAGACACGGCCGAGCGGUUCUUCGAGUCGCCUCAAGGGUCUGGAAUGAAGAGCCUUGGCCAGAGCCGCGAUGUGCUUCUCCAGGUUGUCUUGGAGAAUCUGACAGUGUCCCUGUCGCAGCGUCUAGAGCCUUGGACAAGUAGUGUAUCUGUUGACCUGCAGCGGUUUCGGUUCGGCUAUGCCGAUGCCGACAUCAUAUCGUUUGAUCGGCGCAUCCAGAUGCGAUCUUCGGUCCGAGAUGCAUUCCCGCCGUCUGGAGACGAUGUAUCAAUCAAGCUGAUCCAGUCCUCCGACGCCACCAAGUGCGAGAUCAGCACGUUGCCGUUACUAUUCUCCAUGGAUCUGCAGAGGCUUGACGAGACGUUCAGCUGGUUUGGUGGCUUGAGCAGCUUCCUCAGCUUGGGAUCGUCCAUCUCGUCGGCAGCUUCGGGCAAUGGAAAGGCGGUGGCAUUGCCCAAGGCCAAACCAGAGGCGGCCAAGGCGGCUCCAAAGGCGCGCGGUGUCCGGUUCGAGACGCCGAUCAGUCCUGACGACAAGUCGACAGCAGCCGAAAACAAGGUGGACAUGAGGAUUGGGGGUGUCCAUCUGGAGCUGGUCGGAAGGGAUUGCCGGGUGGCACUGGAUACGAGCGCGGUCAAGCUGGUCAGCCGCGAGGAGGGCAUCGGGGUCGGCGUCAGCCGGAUUCGCCUGGCCGGUCCGUAUCUGCGAAACUCUGGCGGCACGCCGCCUGUGACUGCGGAUAUUGCCAACACGCGGCUGGAGUUUCUGAACGUGCCCAAGGAUAAGGACCUGGAGCGGCUGCUCGAGCUCAUCACGCCAUCCAAGGUCAAGUUCGACGAACGUGAGGACGUUAUCAUGGUCGACACGCUUCUGAGACAACGCCGGAGUGGGCCUCUGCUUCGCUUGAACGUGGACGAUGUCAGCGUCCAGGCCCACAAUCUUGCGCAGCUGUCGUGUCUGCCGGCUCUGGGCGAGGAGGUGGCACGCCUGGCGUCCGUUGCCAAGUAUCUGCCCGAAGACGACAGACCCGGUCUUCUGACACUGGGGAUGAUUCGCCAUCUUGACGUGUCCGUCGAUAUUGGAGGGCGGAUAGGACAUCUGCAGGCGGUGCUUGCGGACCUCGAGGUGGCACAUAUUACGUUGCCAUCUCUCGUCUCUACUGCUGUCGGGGCUAUCUCGGUGCAUCGAAACCAGACGGAAGAGUUGAUAGGCUCCUCAUCGGUGCCAGCGCAUGUUGCGACUACGGGAUCAACGGCAACAGCUGGGCGUUCGGCUUCGUCAGCCAUGGGUGCGCCACCGCUGUCCGGCGGAAUCUCACCGGCUCUCAUGAUGCGCAUUAUCGGUGACGACCUCGAGCCGGUGAUCAAAGUGAAGAUGUGGGGGCUCAACUUCGAGUACCGGGUGCCGACAAUCAUGGAUGUGCUGGGCUUGGCCGAAGAUGCAACGCCGCAGGAUUUCGAAGAGAGCCUGGCGGCAUCGGUGGCCAACCUGGGCGAGCAGGCGCAGACGGCCAUCCUGAGCGGGCGGGGACCACACGGCAGCAGCGCGGACAAGAAGGACGGCUCGUCGACUGCUACUGCUCAAGCAGACAGAGAACGGGCGCCAAAGCCGACGACGGUGGACGUGUCGUUCCGAGACUGCGUGCUGGGGCUGAACCCGCUCAACCUGACGUCGAAGCUGAACCUGGUGCUGGUGGACGCCCGGCUCGAGGUGGUGCUGCCGCAGGGCGAAGAGGUAAAUGCGGUAGCCCAUCUGAGCAAGAUGUCGCUGCUGCUCAUCGACGACGUGACGGAAGUCGGGCCGCCAAGCCGGGCGUCAUCAGGCCAGACAAAGGACAUGGUGCGGCGACUGUGCUCGCAGGGAUUUGUGGACAUCUGCCAGCUCUCGGCAGCGAGAAUAUCGGUGCACGUGUCGGCGCCGGACGUGACCGAGGAGGGCCAGAGGAUGGUCGAGCUGGAGGUGCGCGACGACCUCUUGGUGCUGGAAACGUGUGCGGACUCGACGCAGACGCUGAUCGGGCUGGCCAACGCGCUCACGCCGCCGACUCCUCCGAGCACGGAGAUCAAGUUCAAGACGGAGGUGAUGCCGGUCAAGGAUCUGCUGGCGUCGAUCUCGAUCGACGCGUUUGGCCGUGCCGAGGGCAACUACGAUUUCGACGAAGACUUUGUGCUCGAGGAGGGCGCCGCGGGAGAGAAGGAGCACGGCACAGGCAGCGACGACGACUUCUUCUACGGCGGCGGUGGCGGCGUGCACGGCCAGCUCAACAGAGCAGCAGAGCAGUCGGUAGCAUCGCUGCCAUCGGUGACAGACGACGACCUGAUCCUGGACGACGAAGACGCGGACCUGGACAUUGAGGGUGUGGCGGGGACGGCGGCGGAGAAGCUGUUCAGCGCGUCAUCGGUGUUGGAGGAAACGACGAGACCAGGUCAGGUCGUCGAGUCGACACAAGGGGUCGACGACAUCGAGUUCGAUCACGGUUUCUUCGGCACGGCGACAGAGACGGCAGCCGAGGGGUCGUCGCCAGCCCACCGCUGGAACUCAGUGCAGAACGGUUACGACAAGGGAGCCGGUGGUGGCAGCAGAGACAGCAGAGACGGGGUGGCGGCCAAGGCUCCGUUGCGGCUGCGCGUGCGCGAUGUGCAUGUGAUCUGGAACCUGUUUGACGGGUAUGACUGGCAGCACACACGAGACGUGAUCACGCAGACGGUCCAGGAGGUGGAGGCCAAGGCGUACGAGCGACGGACACGAAACCGACGGCGGUCCGGACACGACGAGUUCAGCCCGUACGCAGACGAGGAGGAAGAGGACGCGGUGAUUGGCGAUUUUCUGUUCAACUCGAUCUAUAUUGGCAUCCCGGCCAACCACGACCCUCGUGAGCUGACGCAGGCGAUCAACCAGAACAUCUACGGCGACACGGGAGCCGAGACGGAGUCGGUGGCGGCGACGACGGUGACAGCGACAUCAAGCCGGGCAGGCGGUGGUUACGGCGGUCAUGGAGGCUACCGCGGCGGCCGGCCGUCAUCAUCGUCGUCGCGGACAUCUCGGCGGCUGAACUUGCAGCGCAGCCGGCGGCACAAGAUCACGUUUGAACUGGGAGGCGUGGGCGCAGACGUGGUGGUGUUUCCGGCAGGAUCGGGCGAGACGCAGACGGCGAUCGAUGUGCGGAUCCGCGAUCUAGACGUGUUCGACCACGUGCCGACGUCGACGUGGAAGAAGUUUGCGACGUACGACCGGGAUGCGGGAGAACGGCCGAUUGACGGCGACAUGGUGCGAAUCGAAGUGCUGGUGGUCAAGCCAGUGCCGGAGCUAGCGGCCACGGAGCUGGUGCUGAAGACGAACGUGUUGCCCCUACGACUGCACGUGGACCAGGACGCGCUCGACUUCAUCACGCGCUUCUUCGAGUUCAAGGACGACUCGAAACGAGGACCGACAACGGCGGAACCUUCGACCGGCGACGAGCCGUUCAUCCAGCGGGCCGAGAUCCACGACAUUCCGGUGCAGCUGGACUUCAAGCCGAAGCGGGUGGACUAUGCCGGACUGCGGUCGGGUCACACGACGGAGUUUAUGAACUUUUUGAUUCUAGACGGGUCGCGCAUGACGAUGCGACAUACCAUCAUCUACGGAGUGUCCGGCUUCGAGCGGCUGGGUCAGACACUCAACGACAUCUGGAUGCCCGAUAUCAAGCGGCACCAGCUGCCGGGCGUGCUGGCCGGGCUGGCGCCGGUACGGUCGCUUGUCACCGUCGGCAGCGGGUUCCGGGACCUGAUUGAAAUCCCGAUCCAGGAGUACCGCCACAACGGACGAAUCGUGCGGUCGAUUUCCAAGGGUGCCAUGGCGUUUGCGCGCUCCACCGGCACGGAGCUGGUCAAGCUGGGCGCCAAGGUAGCCACGGGCACGCAGGGGGAGGAUGGCAUGGGCGGGGGAGGAGGAGGAGGGGCCGGAGCCGGAGCCGGAGCAGCCGGCGUGGAUGCAGGCGAUUUGACGAUGGACGACGAUCACCAUCAGGCCAACGACGACGACAACGACGAGCGGAAGCAGAUCAGUCUGUAUGCGGACCAGCCGGCAGGCGUGGUGCAGGGGUUGCGGCAUGCCUACAGCAGUCUGGCGCGCGACCUCAACAUUGCGCGAGACGCCGUGAUCGCGGUGCCGGCAGAAGUGCGCGAGAGCACGAGUGCGACAGGUGCGGCCAGAGUCGUGAUCCGGCACGCGCCCACCAUCAUCUUUCGGCCGGCCAUCGGGGCGACCAAGGCGAUCGGACAGACGCUAAUGGGCGCGACCAACAGUCUGGAUCCACAGAACCUACGACGAGCAGAAGAUAAAUACAAAUCCGGCCCUGGUCGGGUCUGA